AUGCAGAAAAGCUUAUGGAACGAUAUGAAAGCGCUACUCGACGAAUUUGUGAAAUAUAUGCACGAUGAGGACCUAGACGCCCUUGCAGCCAAUUGUUUAAACCAGGGUUACAAGCGUCCGACCGGGGGCACAGGAACGGCCAUAGCUAACGUGGGCGACAGGAUUAUGUGCAGACUCAUGUCACGAGCAUUAUUUUUCAUGAAUGGGUGGGGUAGACAGUCUACGAAGGGGGCAAAUACAGACCCUAAGAAUGCACAGUUGAAGGAACAUAUAAGGUGCGCAAUAGUAAAUAUAUUCAUGUACAUAUUGAACGAAUCUCCAUGCAAAAGUGCAAUGGGUGUAUAUUAUGCAUGGUACACAAUGAAAGAGAUGGAGCCAGAGCUAGGGGGUGGUUUAAUAACCACAGGUAAAUGUGAACAGGCACAGUUUCAAAACAUAAAAAGCGAGGAAUUCGACAUGGAGCAAAUGAUUAAGAACUGGUUACAGACCAACAAGACGUUGACUGAAAAAUUUAAAGGUCCAGAAGUACAACGCAUAUGUACGAAAGGGAUACACGAACUUGGGGGGGCCACACCCAGUAAACAGGGAGCUAAUGCACAAAUUGAGAUGACGGAUGCGGAAAAGUCAGUUAUAGAGAAAUUAGGCAAGGGGAUGAAGAUACUGGUUGAGGGGGUAAAGAAGGCGGUAGAGAAAUGCGAGCGGGAAGAUGGGAAAUGCAUGGAGUCUAUCCAACCGGUCUCCCGUAGCACUCGAGGGAAUGCCGACAGUAAGGCCAGAGUAGGGAACUCUGUCGACAGCGGUACACCAGCGCUAUCUGGUAACGUAGGUGGCAAAGAACCGGCCAAACCCGCCACGACGAUUACUGAGCCGGCAACACCGCAGGCACCGGCAGCGAACAGCAAGGACAAGGACCAGGUGGCCGGAUCAUCCGCAGAUACUAACACACAGAAGCCUGCGGCAGCCGCAGGAUCACAGGGGACCGGACAGGCAACACCAUCCUCCUCAACACCACAAGCAUCUGGGCCCGGAUCACCAGUAGGAAGGGUAGAUGAAUCCGCCACAGACAACGAGCCACCUAAGGCAGCGCCUCCGCCAUCACCGUCACCAUCAGUACCACCAUCAGCACCUGCACAGGACAACACGGGAGGAAAAGGGGGACCAGAUCAAUCGACAGAACAAACACCCGGGAACACAGCAACUACACAGGGUGUCAGUCCUAAACCGAGCACUGAAACUUCAGGUAAGGAAGAUCGGACCAGUACGAAUAGUAACGGUCCACAUGAUGAUGAUAAACCCGUCAACGUUAUUGCAAUAGGGGCAACGCGCCAAAUAGAGGUAGUCACUGGCAGUACAUCCUCCUACCAGACUCCUACCACUGAAGAUAUUGAGCAGCUUGAGAGGAGAUACAAAGAUUAUAAUUCUCCUGUCCCUGAGCCAGGUACAGAGAAGUAUAAGAAUAAUGAUCCUCCCGCCGGCGAUGCCGUCGCCGCUGGUAGCGGCAAUGAUGACCCCCCUCCUCUGAAUCCACCCAAACCAAAACCGAACCCGAACCCAGAUCGAUCGGGCAGUAGUGGCAGUUUCAGUGAUGCCGAUUUGGCGGCUGGAGUUUCUGGUGGGGAAACAAAGGCAGGUGCGAGUGGUCAAAAGGAUGGUGCACCAGGUGCUGCCGUUGGUGCUAUUAAUGGUGGUGUUAGUGGUGCAGGGGCUGCUCCUACCCCUGACAUCCCUUCCGUUCCGCCCGGCCUCACAUGGGAAGAUAUCAAGCCCUACACCCCCGCGAUCAUUCCAGCGGUUGUUGGUAUUGGCAUCAUUGCGUGCUUCCUCUGGAAGGUAAGCACAAAACCACACGCAACGCACAAUCACGCACAAAUAUAA